AUGGAUUCUCCAGUGGACAGGAACCACACUGCAGUGUCGGAGUUCGUUUUAUUGGGCUUAACACAAGAUCCAGUCCUUCGGGUCAUCCUCUUCGUGAUCAUCCUGUGCAUCUACCUGGUGACCAUAUUUGGCAAUCUCAGCACAAUCAUUCUGAUCAGAACCUCCUCUCAGCUCCAUCAUCCCAUGUACUUUUUUCUAAGCCAUUUGGCUUUGGCAGACAUGGGGUCUUCAUCUUCCGUCACACCCAAUAUGCUUGUAAACUUCUUAGUGGAAAGAAAUACAAUCUCCUUUCUGGGAUGUGGAUUCCAGCUUUGUUUCGCCAGAUCAAGUGAGUGCCUCCUUCUGGCUGUCAUGGCGUAUGAUCGCUUUGUAGCCAUCUGCAACCCACUGCUUUAUUCAGUCAAAAUGUCCACACAAGUCUGUGUCCAGUUACUUCUAGUGGCUUACACAGCUGGUUUUCUCAAUGCUUUCUCCUAUGUUAUUUGCUUCUGUUCUUUAUUCUUCUUCAGACACAAUCACAUCAAUCAUUUUUUCUGUGAUUUUGCCCCUUUACUUGAACUCUCUUGUUCUGAUACAAGUAUCCCUGCAGUUGUUUCCUCCUUUUCUGCCGGCUCCAUCGUUGCGGUAGCAGUGACUGUCAUCGCUGUCUCCUAUAUCUACAUCCUCGUCACCAUCCUGAAGAUGCGCUCCGUUGAGGGACGCCGCAAGGCCUUCUCUACAUGCACCUCCCACCUCACUGUGGUCACUCUGUUCUAUGGGACUCUUACAUUCAUUUAUGUGAUGCCCAAGUCCAGCUUCUCAACUGACCAGAACAAGGUGUUAUCUGUGUUCUACAUGGUGGUUAUCCCCAUGUUGAAUCCUCUCAUUUAUAGCCUCAGGAAUAAUGAGAUGAAGGGGGCUCUGAGGAGAGAGCUUUGUAGAAAAAGUUUUUCUUAG